GUAACCCUUCUGGUAUUUAUCAAAAUAUGAAUUCCUUUCAUAUUGCAAACUAACGUUAAGGAAUUUUUUAAGAGGCUCCUUCAUCCAUAUAACGGAAAAAUAACAGUACACUGUUUAGUCGCUUAAAAGAUGGGUAUCAGCAGAGACGGCCGACACAAACUCCGCCUUACUGGUGGAAAAAAAAAAAUCCACAAGAAGAAGAGAAAGUAUGAAUUAGGAAGGCCCCCAUCGAACACCAAGUUGGGCAGUAGACAAGUCCAUAUUGUUAGGGGAAGAGGAAGAAAUUACAAGUACCGUGCAAUCAAACUCGAUUCAGGCAGCUUUUCUUGGCCAGCAUUUGGAGUUUCAAAAAUCACCAGAAUUAUCGACGUUGUUUAUAAUGCGUCCAACAAUGAGCUGGUCAGAACAAAGACGUUGGUCAAAAACUGCAUCGUUCUGAUUGAUUCCCAUCCGUUUACUACAUGGUACGAAAACACAUUUGGUGUAACCCUAGGAAAGAAGAAAAAAGGAAAAACUGAAGAAGAGAACAAGGAGGAGAACAAAGCUGAAGGUGAAGAAAAUGAAGAAAAUAAUGAAGAGAAAGAUGAAAAGGCAAAAUCGUCAUACACGGUAAUUAAAAAGAUAGGAAAAUCCAAGCAGAUCGACCCAGCUUUAUUGGAACAGUUCAAACAGGGAAGAGUGUUAGCUUGCAUCAGCAGCAGACCUGGACAGUGCGGCAAAGCUGAUGGUUACAUCAUUGAGGGCGAUGAGUUGCUAUUUUACAAGCGUAAAAUGGACAAGAAAAAGAGGAAUUAACUAGCUGGAUCUGUAUAUGUGUGCUUUUAUUUAGCGUAAAAUUGGGUUAUUUCGCAGAGGAAGAGAAGAAGAGACCAAGAAAACAUUUUACACACACAUCCCAUGCGCGAGCACACUUAUUAUAUACAUUACAUAGCUAUACAAGUAUCC